AUGCUAUCGCAUUCCACCUGGCCGCAUCUUUGCGGCUCGAGCGGUGUUUUCGUGGCGGCGAAUGAGAAAUUCGGCUGGAGCACUCUCCCAAAAGCUCGAGCCACUGAGAGUUCCUGGGCCAGCGAUCUGCGGGUCUCGCCGUGUGCAUUGGCCAUCUCGACCACAGCCAACGCCUGCCUCUCGCAGACCGACGUCUGGAGGGCGCCCGGCGUGAGCUUCUUGCUGGGAAUCUUGGCGGUCCUGGCUGUGCAGACGGUCGGCAAGAGCAUCGAGCUGGAAGCCGACAGGUACUUCGACGGCAAUGGCGGAUUGCCAGCUGGUCUCGGCGGUUCGCGGGGUCAGCCAGUCUUCCGCUUCACGGAGAGGCCGGAAAGCGUUGCGCUCCAGGCGUGGAUCGACGAGGCGGAGAUCCAGGCGGUGGAGCUCUGGGCGGAGCGCGGGUUGGCGCCGCUGGGUGAUGAGCCGGAGCCGGCUGGCGAGCCGGCGUUGGCUUUGUCCAGCGCCGCUCCGCCAGGCGGCGCCCGCGUGCCUAGCGACGCGUGGUCCGGCUGGUGCUGCGUGGUCGGCGAGGGCGACGUGAAGGGGGGCAUGGUCUUCGUGGCGGUCGGCCAGUACGGUCUGUACGACAUGGGGCGGACGGGUGCCUCGGCGGUCCUGCUCCAGCUGGCGCGACAGCCGGCGAGGCGCUGCGGGCCUUCGUGGCGGAGCAGGCCGCGCCUGUGCCAGGCUGGGCCUGACGGACUGCCCGACGCCACCUGCACUGGCCGAGGACGCGAGGACCUUGGCGAUCAUGCGCGACACGGCUGGCCGUCGUGUCGCACCCUCAGGAGCGUUUCGGAGGCGGUGGACAGGUGUGAGUUCGAGGAUUGGGCGUUGGCUGAGCCUCGCACGACGCUGUAUGUGAUUUCGGAGAUCGCCAAGCAGAGCGGGGGCCCGGUCCAGCGCCACACGACGUGGAAGCACGAGAACAAGCUGAACGAUGACGAGCACAGUGCAGUGGCUCACGAGAUGCUGUCGGAUAUUUUGGAGCUGGCUUGUGCCUACGAUCAGGUAGACGUCUCGAAUCUGGCGUCCAUGGAGGCACAGGCGAGGCACAAGCAGUUCGUCGAGCAUAAGAUCAAGAAGAAGAAGAAGGAGACCGUGAAAGACUUCGACUCGCAGGAUUGCUUCCUCGUCACGAAUGGCUCCGAGGCCGGGGAGUGGCCGACCCCAGCCGCCGCCACCAGGCCUCUGGAGCGCAUCAUGCCGAGGGACUUGUUGUCGCUGCCCGCGGCACCGGCGCGCCCAGCGAUGGGGGGCGCGCUCGUUGCAGCGCCGCUCCGCCCAGAGGCAGCCCUGGUGGAGUUGUUCGGUUCAGGCAGUCUGGGCUAUGGCCCCGACGGCCCUACUGCGGCUGCGCCGUGCGAUCGCGGCCUGGUUUCGAGGCCUGAGUCGGCGGGGCGCGAGAGCUUGCUGGAGGUGCUGCCAGAGCCAGACCGCUCAUCGUGGGCGCCCGCGACCCGCCUGGCCUCGACCGCGGCAGUAGUGGGCUUGGAGGCCGAGGAUGGCGACCAGCUGGAGUUCUCGAUCCAGGACAUCGCCGACUGUUUCUGCCAGUUCAGGGCGCCAGAUUACACGGCGCCCCGGUUCGGCGCGCGCCCGCCCAGGGCUCGCGAGCUGAGCGCGGAGGCGGCCGAAGGCCAGAUGCUCGUUGACGGGGCGCGGGUCUACCCGUUCUCGCGGGCCGCGAGGUGGACAAAGCAGGCCAUUCGCGAACUGCUUCGGCGCGGCGGCUUCGGCGGCGUCGAGCGCGAGCUGGCGGGCCGGCAGCUGGCGCCCAGCGUGGGAUCGGAGCUGGUGCCCCAGAUCGCGCGCGUGGACAACGAGGUCUUCGUCUCCUCGCAGGCGGGCGCCACUCGAGCGCGCGUAGAAAGGCUGCCAUGGUGGCGUCCGAGGUCGGCUUGCCGCUGCGCGAGGUUCUGGAGCGGGGGCCAGGCGCCCCUGCGGCGGCGGCGCGCGUCGGGCGGGGAGGUCGAGAAGAUGGUCGGCCACUUCGCGCGCGCCAUGCCGCUGAACCGCACGGCCCCGCGCGUUCCGCGCGGCUUGCGAUUUCGCGAGGAGGUCGCCGCGGGCGCGGCCUGCGCCGGCCCAUUGGGCAGGGCGGAGGCGGGCCAGGCUUCCUCGAUCGGGCAGUGGGGUGCGACGAGGGCGCGGCGGUGGACUGCGGGGCUCGCGAUACUAGAGAUGUGGAUCGCCGCGCGGAAGAUGAUGCUGGACCACGGCAAGAGGCUGGCGCUGUUCGGCGGCUUCCGCAGGACUCUCGGGCCCGAGAUCGCCGACUACGCCAAGCCAGAGGAGGCGGCGAGGCUCGCGGCGGACACCUACCUGCGUCUAAACAGACUGCAGGCACAGCGGGCGAAUCAGGCGGCGCCUGCGCUGCCAGAGGCCGGAGGCGACUACCGCGCCGCGCCCGCGGUGCUCAUGUCCGAGGAGGGGCCCCGCACCGCCGAGAUCAGCGCCAUCGCGCCGAUCUUGCUGGGCAGCCCGUCAAGGUUGAUCCUGGGGCAGGCGGCGCGACAGGCGAAGCCGAUGGAGCGCCUCUUCUGGCGGACGGGCGCGGCCUUCAAUGUCGCGCUCAAGAAUGCGGCCGCCCUGGAGACCCCGGCAGGUCGGGAGCUCGCGCCCCACGUGGCUCGCCACUUGAAGCCGCUGCACGACCAGCUCGCCAUGGACGACCCAAGGGUCUGUAGCAGCUUCUUGCCGACGCCGAUCAACGGCUCGAGGUCGCGCUGA